ACGAAUCACAGUUACUUAUAGACGUGAUGACAAUCUCUCAAUAGACUUCGCGUGACCAAAAAAUAUCCACCCAUUUUUACAAGACUGUUCGCGGAAAAACGAGGGUAAAUACAAUAAAAUCACUACCAAACAACUACUGAGGCGUACUUUCUGGUUAUAGAACAAUGAGCUUUUUUGGGCUUGGCCAAGGGGCCGACAUCGACAUCGCGCUCGACGAUGCCGCGACAAGAAAGCAGGCAGAGAUCAAGACAGAUGAUGGCAGGAAAGAGAAACUCUAUCUCUUCUAUGACGGAGAGAGCUUAACAGGAAGGGUUAAUGUCACUCUUAAAGGCAAGAAACUUGAACAUCAAGGCAUCCGAAUUGAGUUUGUUGGUCAAAUAGAGCUGUAUUACGACAGAGGUAACCAUCAUGAAUUCACAUCGCUUGUCAAAGAGCUUGCUAGACCAGGAGAGCUCACGCAAUCAACCAGUUAUCCCUUUGAAUUCCUCAACGUAGAAAAACCAUACGAGUCAUACACAGGUGCUAAUGUCAGGUUAAGAUACUUUCUACGGGUAACUAUCACCAAGAGAUUGACAGACACAGUGCGUGAGAUGGAUCUUGUCGUUCACACCCUUUCACACUACCCCGAGGUCAACUCAUCCAUCAAGAUGGAAGUUGGUAUUGAAGACUGCCUCCAUAUAGAAUUUGAAUACAACAAAUCAAAAUACCAUCUCAAAGAUGUUAUCGUUGGUAAAAUCUAUUUCCUUCUGGUAAGGAUUAAGAUCAAACACAUGGAACUAGCUAUCAUCAAAAGAGAAACAACUGGAUCAGGUCCCAACACAUUCAAUGAAAAUGAAACCAUAGCAAAAUAUGAAAUCAUGGAUGGUGCACCAGUCAGAGGUGAAUCAAUACCCAUCAGGCUGUUCCUUUCGGGGUACGAGCUGACGCCAACGAUGAGAGACGUCAACAAGAAGUUCUCUGUUCGCUAUUACCUUAAUCUUGUACUUGUUGAUGAGGAAGAAAGACGGUACUUCAAACAGCAGGAAGUGACCCUAUGGCGAAAAGCGGACAAGGUCAAGAAGCCCCUCCAAAUGCAGAAACAACAGAUGCAACACUUUGUCUCGCCGUCGCAAAACAGCAAACAAGAAGCCAACUCAGACGAGUAGCAUAGUGCCCUCUACUGUUGUUGUCUAGCCAGGCAAUUAUUUGUAUCAAAAGAAUCGUGUACCAUGAUGCGCUUUUAACAGAUUUUAUAUUUGCAAUGGAGAGGUGGUUGAGCCUAACAGUGUACAAAAUAAUCAGAGUAACAGAGUUAUUUUCAUGUUUUCGUUUUUUUGUUCGGAAUCCCGCGUGAGGCACAAGGACUGUCGUGGAAUCAUAAAUUGUUUUUAUUUUUUCACGACAAGCCAUAAUCAAGAUUGAAGUCGAGAUGAAUAUCUCUUAUGAAAUUUGUACAUAAAUUCAAGAUUCUUUCUUAUAGAGUACAUUUAUUUGACCAGAUAUAGAGCAAUAUUAUUGUAUUAAAGCAUUCAUGGGGAAUUUAGUACUGUUCUUGGCGGGUAUCCCAUUCAUUGCUUUAUGAGGCAAAUUGGUAUCUCACUUUGAUUUUGGGCUUUGAUAAGAUAUUUGGCCAAUUUUGGAAUUAAUUUCAAGAAAUUGGCCAAGUAUUUCACCUUAUACUUAUACUUGGGUCACAUUUGAUCUACGACGGCCGUACAGCGAGUCGAAAACAGCUGUUUUAACAUUUUUUGUACCAGCUACUUAUAGGUGGUUUGAAUAAAGAUGAAUAAAACAGCCGUUUUCGACUCACUGUACAGCCGCCAUAGAGCAAAUGUGACCGGGUAUUAUUGACGUCUCUCAAGGAGAGCAGGUCAAGGGAGCAUUCACAUCUAAUGUUCUUCACGACUAAUUUGCUCUCAGCCAAUCAGAUGCAAGGAUUUUAGUAGCUUGUAACAAAUAGCCAGGACUACAGUGAAAGCUGCCUUUAGAUGAGGCAGCAAGAUUAGCUGGUUCCACUUGUUUAACCUUUUUUUCCUUUCCAUUACUAGUAUAUGGUCAGCAAAUUCUAAUCAUUUCUCAGUGAAAACUGAUGAUAUCUUUUGCUAGGACUUCAUUUUUCGCUGGCUCCACUAAUGUAACCCUAACACUGUUAGCUCUAGAUCAGGUCUUUUCACCAUUAUGGGGUCAGCAAAUUAAGAUUAUCAUCCCAUGAACGCUGAAGAAACGCUUUCGCCUGGACAGCAAUUUUAGCUGUCUCCAUUAAUGUAACCCUAACACUGUUACCUCUAGUUUAGUGCUUUCCACCAGCAUGGGGUCAGCAAAUUAAAAUCUUUUCCCAAUGAAGCUGAAGAUAAGGGUCCUGUUUCAUAAAGACUUGUUAUAAUAAAUUUACCAUCAGCUAAUCAGAUUGAAGGAUUUCAGUAGCUUAGAACUGUUGUGGCAAAUUUGUUAUCAUAACAAGUUUUGUGAAACUGGACCCCAGAUGGGGACUGAAUUCCAAGACUAAGGAGACUCCAAUACACAGUAAUCUCUUGCCAUAGAGUCAUGUAUAUUUGUUGCCUCAUCUUGAUACCUAUACCCUUUUAUAAAUCUAUGGGAAAUUUAUUUACGUUUUGAUUUAAAAGAUAUGAUGAAGACUAUUUGAUCUUCAUCAUUAAAAAGGAAGCUUGGAAAAGUUCUCUAUAUUCUAUUCUGUUUCUUAGUAAAUAAUGUAUGAAAAUAGCAGAAAAUUAUUUAUGACUGUAAUAAUAAUUACAUGUAAAGUGCUUAGAAAAACAAACAAUGAAGUGCUAUAUAAAUGUAACUAUUAUUAUUAUUACUAAUAUUAUUAUUAUGAUGAUCGUGGACUUACAGUUUUAGACUACAUUAUGAAAGAUAUAACAUUCUUUAGGCUUCCAAUUUAAAGCAGGGAAAAAAUUACAAGGGGGUGGGGGGAUGUAGUCCCUCAAAUCCCCCAAAAGGAGCCUUGGAAAUCCACAUUCAUCGCAAUUUUAAAGCUGUGUAAAGCAGCCUGAUUUCAAGACUAAAAACAGGGCUAGAGGGAAUGACCUUUCAUUGGGUGAAAAACAUGGUUUCUUGAAAGAAAUAUUUUGAAAUAUAUUUCUUAGUUUGACUAUUAAUUGCCACAUGUGGGGUACUAUUAGCAUUAGUUUGUAAUUCUGUGAAUGAAAAUAAUAUUUUUUGUUAUAUUUGUCUAAUUUCUCCACAUCAAAUGUGUGUUUUUGGUCCGUGUUAGAUAGACCUACGUGAAUAAUGUGUUUCGAGAUGAAAUUGAUCUUUGUGAUGAUAAAUGUAUUACGGCUCUUAGGUCUUACUACAGAGAGAAAUGUAAUUAGAAUUAGGCAAUAUAUUUGACAUGAUUUUAUUUGAUUUCAUUUUCAUUGAACUAUCCGCUCAUUUAUAUGAACAGCAAAAUAUGAAGAUGAAGGAUUUAUCCAGAUAAAGCAUAGUACCAAACAAAUAAAGUGACUACAUAUAGGUAAUAAUAUACUCAUAGAUUAUGAAAUGAUUUAUGGGGCUUCAGUAAAGUCUGUGUCCACACAUAGUCUUGAAUCUGGGCCCCGUUUUACAGAGAGUUACAAUUGAUCUAAUCAACCUUAGCUUGAUGGAAAUCCAUCAAUGUCAUAAUUUUUUCUGCAGGAAAUUUGCAUAAAUGUCCUUUGUAAAUAAAGAGAAGCACACUGAAUUGUCAAGACAAUAAAUAAACGCAUAAACAUACUUUAUCAAGAAAACUUUUUUGAACAGACAUGCAUUUUAGAUAUGGACAUUGCUGGCUUUCCAUAGUUGUGGUUGAUCGGAUCAAUUGCAAAUCUAUGUAAGACGGGGCCCCGAUGUCUGAAACGUGGGCCUGUCUGCAACAUUUACUGUAUAUUGUAUUGUACAUGUUUCCAAAUGUUACAAAUUAUCUGACGCUGUUCUGAAUGCUAUUUAUUUUCAAUGCCUUUUGUAUUCUACAUUACAUAGGCAAAAAGAGCAUAACUAUAUAUCAAUCAGUUCAUUGAUUUGCUGAUAAAUUUAUGAUUAACCAAAUGUGUCGUUCUUGUUGGUCGAAUUAUGGUAUACUGACCAUGCUGUGUUAGGCAAGGCAUAGUUUUAUAUUGACUGAAAUCAGUUAAUCUUUAGGAAAUGUGACAUUUGCUCUUAUAACAAAUGCUCCUCUGCUGAUUCGUCUGAAAACAUACAAAGUGAGGGUUUAUGGUUUAAAAUGCUGUCAGGAUUAGGAUUUAGGUAAGAAGCUUGGGUCUAUGUUUGGUUUAAUGAGCACAUUUUGAGUAGGAGAAAUAUUUAAUCCUAACUGCAUAAAUAUUUUUAUGAAAAGAAGAAAUCUGAUUUUCUGUAUGUAUGUAACCCAUGAGACACAGUGUGGUUCAUCGUAAGCCUUUCCUGUAUUCUUCUUAUGUCAGUUACAUGGGCCCAUAUUCUGAAGUCGGGUUUAACUUAAACUCAGGUUUAAAGUUGUGGUUUAAGUAUGGAUAGCCAAUUGUUAAAUAAAUCACUAACGGUAGAGAUAUCAUAUUUCAGCUCAUUUGACUCUCAAAUCAUUCCUAAUUGUCUAGGAAGUAUAAGUAGAUGAUUGUCACAGUAAAUAUAAGAAACAUACAACUUAAUAAAAAUUUUGACACUUCUGGCUUGCCAUAAUUUUAGCACAGAGUUAGACCAUGGUCUAAGUUAAACCUGACUUCAGAAUACGGGCCAUGAAGUUUUGGGAGGAAUAGAAUUCAAAGGAGAAAGAUUAGUAUCUUUAAGAGUGAGGGUUGAAGGUAAAUCAAUGCAUCCCAUUUUUUCAAAAAUAAAGUCAUGUUUAGGAUAAAGUUCACCUUGCCUCCCUACCAAAAUACACUGACACUACCAAUGCCUGGCAUAGCAACAAUCUUACAAAUUAAAAGAACAUCGAUACUUAAAAGCAGACAAUAAAACAGUGUAUAUAUAGCAAAGGAAAAUUUUUGUAUUUUAUGGGCAAGAAAGCUCACCUUCAUUCUUACAAUGUAGGUUAUCAUGUGAUAUUCAUGUACAUAUUGGAAUAAGACCACUCACGUUCAGUAUAUUGUAAACACAUUUUCUUACACAAGGAGAUCUGUAUUUGAAAAGAAUACCAUCAAAAUUCCGUUGUGUGGUUUUAAAGAUGUAAUCUAUCUUUUCUUCGAUAAUAUUAAGUUGUUUUUGCAUUUUCAUACAAGUUCUGUGCUCCUGAUUUGGUGGUUUAACAUGGUUAGAUCAUAAUUCCACAUUUGUGUUAGGUUAUUGUGUAAUGUAUAUACACCCGCUUUGUCUAUUUUUCAUUUUGUCUCAUGCAACAUGGCCAAAUUUCCCUAAACCCCGUUCUAUAGUUGGGGCUAAAUGACAAGUUAGCCCCACCUAUAGUGUUGGAUUAAGUUAUUAAGCUCACACCAGAGCCAGUGCUGUUGUCCAAUCAGACAUACAUAUAAGUGGUAAUAAAUGGCUACUACUACUCCCAUGAGUACUGAUAUUUGUUUGUUAGCUGGGGUUAUUUGGCCUAUGAGAAAAAGAAAAAAAUUAUAAUACGUGUUAGGGAUAGUAUGGGGUUAACGGUAGUCCAGAUUAAGAAAAUGUCGUGAGGAAAGGGUAUUAGGUUACUAAACUUCUAUUGAAGCCGAGUUUGGUAUUUUGAAAUGCCCAUUGAAAGCACCCUAUAAAUGGUUUUAUCAAUAUUUCUAAUAUUAUUAUCCACUUAUUGUAUCCCUUUUCCAUAACUUUAAAAAAAAAGCAAACUUCACUGUCAAAAUCCAGCUAAUACCACAAUUAUCACAUUAACCAGGAAUAUGAAGAAAAGGUCUGGCUAAACUGUACCAUACAAUAUAGAUUUAUGCAUAUUAUCUAUUCUUUUUUUAUGAUUUUUUUUCUUUGUGUAUAAUUUGGUCUAAACGUCAUUCCAUGUGAAAGUUGCCUGGAUAUGGUGUCUGUCCAAGAAAAAAAGCCACUGGAAAUAAUUGUAUGAACCAAUCUGUACAUUAGGUAUGAAGUCCUAACAGAUGCUGCUUUUCUUUAAAUCUGAAGUUGCCAAAGUGUGCGCAUUGACCUUUUCCGUCAAUUUCUUGUUGGUGUUUUCCUAAAGCUGUUUGCAAGUUACACGUGACAGGUGACCCCUUCUUGUACAUGGAUGCUUCAUCAGAUUCUCUCCCGAGACUCCAAAGAUGGGACAAAUGUACUCCUAGGCAUUAUGUUAAAACAGAAAGGGUCACCAGUUGUACAUUAAGCCAUGCAACUUAUGAACAGCUUUAUGAAAGGGUCGAUGUUAUAUUUUAUGUAUGGCGUAUCAGACACGAGCAAAAAAAAUCUUCAUCUCUCUGCCAUGUGAGGUGAUUUCCAGAGCUGCAAGAAGCGCAAUCGGUUGAUCAGGUCCAGGCAACAUUCAGUAGCAUAACUGUAGGAAAUAGAGGAUCAAUAUGUAUUGUAUAUGAAUUUAUAGCCUGUAUGUUUUUAUUACAAAAAGAGACAAAUUUUAAAGAAAAUACAAAAAAAAUGUGUUGAAAAAGCAUACAGGAGAAAGUGUAUCGUAUAUAAACAGUGUAUAAAAUGUAUUAAUUAUUAUCAGUCUUGUUAUACAGCCUAAUAUUUGUAAAUGUAUAUUGCUUAGCUGUAUAAAUGACAAGAGAUAAAGAUGAAUGACUGUAAACAUCAGACAAUAAAUUGUAUGAUUA